AUGUACCCGUACCGACGUCUACUAUUUCUAUGUGCACUAUUACUGGGUUCCUUCAUUACUUUUCGUAUCCAUUUCUCUCGUUUAACUUCUGAUGUUAAACAAGAUGCAAUUCGAGAAGACAAUAUUUCUCUUUGUUUCAAAUGGCAGACUAUUGAUACACAACAACUUAGAGCAAGUACCUGUUUACCGAAUCAUCGUAUAAUUAGUUCUGUGUGGACUCACGAUGGUAGUGGAAUAAUGAAAUAUAUUCAAUGGAUAGCUACACGAAAAUUAGGCAACAUUCGGAUUUCCCGAUUGAACGACGAAUGUGAACUUAUUCAAGAGAAUGAUUUUUCUGUCGUUUCGGAAAACGAUCGAUUCGUUCAGAUUUACAUAAUGCCUCUAACAGCGAAUUUCGACAAAAAAUCACUAUGUUCAACGACUAUUGUUCGAAUAAUAAAAUUUGGCAUGCUAACUGUCCCUCGAAUUUAUUUUAAAAGAAGAGUAUUGCGAGCAACCAUUGCCUACCAGUAUUUAGAUAACAUACGACAAAAUCAUAAUUUUACUUCCAGUUGGAAUAUUCCAUUGAGCAAAUCUCUUCAAAAAGCCAACGUUGUAACUAAGCAUCUCAUACAUUGCAUCAAUAGUACAUCAAAUGCAACAUCAUUAAUAAUCGAUUCAGAAGAUAUGAUAUUUUCAAAUUUAAUUGAAUCCGAGAAAAUGUUAACAAAUUUUAUCUCAGUACUAGGCUUUAACACAUCAAAACAAUCUGUAAAAGAUAUAAUUCAGUACGAUUCUUAUCAAUUCAUGGAAGAUGCAACUUGGUGGGAUCAAUCAGAAACAGUUCAACAUGUUCUAUCCAGCUUAGUACAUUCUAAAUCAGAAAUUUCUAAGAAUUCAAAAGAUUUCUAUCAUUUACAUGGAAAUCAUUCGUUUGCACAUUAUGUGGCCGACAGUCGUCAGUGUUUCAAUGAUGGCACUUUUUAUCAACUGCAGUCGGAAACAAUCACUAAUCGAAUUUCCACUGAUAAACCAGAACGAUGCUCUCUUAAACCGUUUGAUUGCGCUUUUGGUGAUCAAUAUUCAUUCAGUGAUCGUGAAAAACUUUAUCAAACGUACCCAAAGGAUGAUUAUUUUAAUUUUGCUCCAAUAAAAUGUGGUUUUGCUGUUCAAUCGAUAAUUGAUAAAGUUCGAAAACGAUAUGAACGCAAUGACAAGUGUGAAAUUAUAGUAUUUACGUGUAUUACGAAUUGUUACGAUCCUUUACCGACUAUUACAGAUGCAAUACCACUAGGCACUUGUUUCGUUGCACUUCUCGAUACAAAAUCAUUGAACUCACUGAAAGUACCUUUUAUCGUAGGCGGACAAUCAAACAACUUGAGGCAUCCAUGGGAUUUGAUUGAUUUAGGCAACAGUAGCUCCCUCUUUCGUAUCGCUGCAAAAGUAACAGAAUCAUUGAAAAUGCUUGGACACCGAAUGUUUCCUUUGGCUAAAUGGUUUGUUUGGCUCGAUGGUAAAGCAUAUAUAAUCAAUAUCAAGGAAGUAUUAUCAUUAGCAAAGACACCAAUAAUUGGUCUUCAUCAUCAUGAUUUCAAUCGCACAUCAGAGUUAGAAGUCAAUCUUACCGUAUCUCGUGUGAAACUUCGUGAAGCACCUAACUCUGUCGAGCUUAAUGGUUCAUUGCAAGAAAUAAAAUUACAAGAAGCCGAAUAUAAACGCGACGGCUUUUACUCUCGUUCAAAUGCAAUCGGAUUACCAUUGUUUGAUAUUGCAAUAUUCAUAUAUAGAAAUAAUCAUCCGUGUUCAUUUCGGUACCUGUGCGGAUGGCAUAAUGAAGUCAAUUAUUUUUCUUAUAGAGGUCAAUUAUCAGUUUACUAUUCAGCUGAACGAUUAAAUUUGACUUCAUACUUAGGUUUCAUUCCACGUCGAUUUUAUCACACGCUUGGCCAUACCACUACAUGUUAG